AUGCGCGACCCCAUGCCCGGAUUUUCCGAAAUGGUCGACGCAAUGCUCGGUUCUUUCGUGCUUUUGAUGUCAGAAGAAGGCGAAAGGAUGCCGAUGCAAAAUACGGCUCUUCGACAUCUCCCUUCAGCCAUUCCACAUCUAGCCCAAGUUUUUGACUCUACGCUCUUGACCCACCGCGUCGUGCACAUCAUCAACGCGUUUGGGCCGAAAAUUGUCGAGCAAGAGCGGCUUCAAUUUAUCGGGAAAAUCGUGGAGAGCGAUUUGUUCUUGGACACAAAUUCGCGCUCGAAGCUCUUCAAGGUGUGUAUCGCUCAGCUUUUAUCGUGGCUGGACCAUGAGGAAAUUGAGAGCAGAGAAACGGCAAAGUCGGCAAUUGCGGCGGGCAGAAUUUUGGGAACGAUGCUUGAUCGACUAUGGCCACUUACUGGCUUCCAAGAAGGGUACGCCGACGAGCUGGCGCUAAUUCUGGAAUACUGCAGUCGGCCCCUGAUUCGAUCAUUGUAUCUGAUUUCGCAGUAUCGAGCAGCUGAUCUCGAAAUCUCGGAAGGCAGAGGCCUGCUCUUCGCCGUGAUUCUCGCCAUUUUCAACCGAAUCUCGGACACAAUUUUCUUAAACUUUUUGGCGACGCGGCGAUUCAAUCAGGAUCGAAUGGACGUUAUUCUGGAGCUUCUGCAAAUGCUGCGCGAUUGUCUGGGGAAAAGCCCGUAUCCACAGACAUGGGCCCAGAUGACGUUGGCGCAGAAUCGUGUCGUUCACAAAGCGCUACGGCUGAUCCAUUCCGCCAUCAGCCGCUUCUUCCCCGGCGAAAGUGUUUCUACCGAGUUUUACGAUCUUGCGCAAGGCUACUUAUUGACGGUCGUCUGCUUCAUCAACCAAAUCAUGGUCAAUCGAAACGGAGAGCCAAGCCGGGAAGAUGAACAAGCCGCCCAUCUACAGCGCCAAGCCACAAAUGAGAUUAGAAGCAUGUGGACCCCGAUUAAUAUGGUGCACAAAGUCCAAAAAUACACCCACCGAUUGAUCGGCUCAUUCCUGCAAGUGGCCCUGAUCCCCGAUGAGGAGAUCAGGGAAACGAUGAUCGUCAUUUUCGUGGAUAUGUUGGAGUGUGAGCAUGCGUUGAAGGGAAGUGAAGGUAUCAAGAAGUUUUCCGACGAAUUCGUGGCCCAGCUCGAUCGACUGGUGAUGAAAGGGCACGGGACAAGGUCUUUCCGAAAUGAUUUGGUGAAAUCGAUGAUGAGCCAUUGCAAAAUCACUGAAAACUUGCCUGCCUUGUCGGAAGAAGACCGAAUCUGGCGCACAGAAGUCGAUGCCUUCAUCGACCGUAUCCGCCGUCUUCUCGGCCAUCUCUUCGAAUACCGUGAUGCCAAGGACGCCUCCGACUGUAUCGAAAUCGAGAUGAGCCGCACGGUGCAGUUGAUGAAGUUCUACAACUCGCUCGGACUGGCCGAUCUGCACAUUGCAUAUGUGUACAAGCUAUACGAGCUCCAUUCCCAAUAUGGGAAUGAUAUCGAGGCGGCUAAUACGUUGUUGAUGCACGCCGAGAAGCUGAAAUGGACCGAGGCGGAGGUGCCUGGAUUUUUGGUGAAGAACUCGCUGAAUCGGCAUUGUGCUACGGAGCGGCAGUUGAAGGAAAACUUGUCGUUGAAUAUUGCCGAUUUGUUUUCGAGAGGCGACAUGUGGGAGAACUCGAUCGAAAUGCUCCGCCAACUCCAAGAAGUUUACUACUCGAUGGAUUAUGACUACGACAAAAUGGCCGAGCUCCUCAUCCACCAGGCCGAUCUCUUCAAAAAGAUCGGCAAAGAGAAUCGAGCCUUUUUCUACUUCUAUCUCGUCGCCUUCUACGGAAAUGGAUAUCCCCCAUUUUUGAAUGGGAAGAAAUUCGUGUUCCGGUCGGACCAGCUCGAGCGACAUCCGGAUUUCUUGCAGCGCAUGAAGCAAAUGUACGGCAAUCCCGAGACGUACACGACCAUGGACGAUUGUUCGCAUUUGCAAAAUGGGAAUGGAAGGCAUUUACAGAUCUUCAAAGUCGACCCGAUCCCUCGAGACGUGGCAAUUGGCCAAGCCGUCAACCCGGCGAUAAAGGAUUACUACCGGAACUACAAUAUCCAAUCCUUUGAAUAUAUACGGAUCCACGGAAAAAAGGAGACGAAAUGGACCGAGUUAGAAGAUAAUGAAAUGCUGAGAACAUGGGUGACAAGGAGGGUCGUCCAUGUCGAGGAGCCGCUGCCGUCAGCGCUCAGAUUCUCGCAUGUCGAAGCUGAACCGGUUCCGGAAGAGAUCUCACCUCUAGCGCUGGCUGUUCAGGGCAUGAAAAACAAGAACGAGCGCCUGAUCGAAUCGGCCCAGAAAGUCCUUCACAAUCCCCUGUUCUCUAUUCGAAACUUUGCCGGAGACGUCCAAGGCGUAGUACAAGCUUCAGUGAUGGGUGGAGUGAAGAAUUACGAGGUUUUCUUCAGUGAUGCCUGUGCGGCAAUCAUCGACGAUGAGGAGCGGAGGCUUUGCGACGAAUUGAGAGAGCUGAUUGUUGAACAGGUAUCCAUCGUGGAGUACUGCAUCUACGCACACGGCACUCGUGCUGAAGCCGAUAAGAACAUUCACAAUUUCCUGAUUGAGGGAUUCCGGGAGCACAAGGGAUAUGUCGACCGGAAGUUUGGACAGACGACAUCCCGUCUACCAGCCGGUGCCUCCAUCUACAAUUGUGCCGUCGAACCACUACCAAACCCCGGUUUGGGCGAGAAGGAAAAGAAGCCGAGCUCGACAAGCCUUGGCGCCCAAAUGUUUGCCGAGGACCCGAAUAACAGCUCAUUCACGUCGCAGUCGUCGAUAAUUACGGCGGGAUCGAACACAUUGAAGAAGGGCUUCCAGAAGUACUUCAAUUCGGGUCCGCGGAAAAGCUUUAGCUCACUUUCCGGCGUUGUGAUCAAACAAGCCGAGAAACCCGCCGAAAUGUUCGAUCGGGUGAUGAAGACCGACCAGGUUGAGCAGCUGAAGCGCUACGUCAAAAAUCACAGCCCGAUUAAUUCACCGCAGAAGCGUCAUAAUAGCCAAUCGUCACUCGAUACCUCGAAAAUUCGCCUAUCUGGUACGCCAAAAUCGCCAAUGAUGCCGCCGACGCCGCCGAGUACGGGCCGGAUGUCGAUGGACGAACAGUUGAACAAUAGUGACGGGAAUGGGAAUGGCACGUUGACGAAGAAGGCCAUGAAGCCGCUGCCGCCCAUCUCGUCGGAUGUC